CCCCCUGUCAGCGUAUAUGGUGAAAGGCAGACUUCUGAUCUCUCCAAAAGGGUUUCUGCUCCAUUGAGAUUCCAGUGUACAAAAUGUUGCUAAGAAUCAUUAUAAACAAGGAUGAUAUUAGGAAGAUACAAACUGACAGUGAGCCAGAGACUCUUGAUUCCUUUUAUUCUUUUUUGAAAUGCAAGCUUGGAUUGGGAGGUGACUUUGUAGUUCAAUUUCAAGAUCCAGACUUUGGCAAUGAGUUCUGCAACUUGUCAAGCUUGUCUGAACUUCCAAAAGAGAAGGCCACUUUAAAGGUAAUCCUCAAGCAAAUCCCCGAGUCCCCUCAGACUGACUCAACGUUGGACACGGCAAGUCUCUCGUCGCCCUCAUCAUCUUCCAUGGAGGACACUCCUUCCUGCCGUCGGCCAUGGCCUGACCCUUUUGUGAUUCCAAAAUUCUCAUACGAUGUGGAAUUGAAGCUUAAACGUGGUAAUGAAGCCUACCAGGAGAAUGGAACCCUUCUGAUUACAAAUAAAGACACUAAAUCUGAGAUACUUGAAAAAUUGGCUGAAGAAAUUUACAAAUACUCAGCAUACCCAUCUCGAGAGCAGUAUGACAUUGUUGCACAGAGCCUUGUUAAGAAACAUCCUUGCCUGAGAGAGCCUGGAUCUGUGAAGGGGUGGUACUGCUGGAAGUUCAGUUUAAAGUUUAAAAUGGGAAAUUACCGCAACAAGCUUCGUGUGUCUGGAUGUUCAGAGCUAACAGUGAAUCGCCGAAAUUCAGGACCAAAGCAGAAGCUCAAGAAAGCUAAAAAGUCUGAAGUCAACUUUCUUCCGGAUGUUCCUGAAGGCAAAACGCAGAAUGUGCUGGAAGAGGAGAGGGCAGCCAUUGUUGCAGAGAUGAAGAAGAAGAAAGUUGAUUGGAAGAAAGUUACUGACAUGAUGGCCAGCACAUUCCCUCUGCGACGAAAAGAAAUAGUUGAAGAACAACCACUUGUGGCAGAAGUGAAGGCCAAGUGGCCAGCUUUGUUCACAGAUACACAGAUUGAGGCUGAAUUUGCUCGACUAACUUCCACUGACCUGUGGGACACGUUUGUUUCUGGGCUGGAUCAGUAUAUGGAAAGAUUCUUGCAGAUGUUUAGGGCCAAGAGUCACUGCAUUCAAGCACUUAGCAGCCUCCUGUCUCUGCUUGAUGAUGAUAAUUCAGUUCAAAAGAAAAGGGCAGUCAUUCUGAGAGGCCUGCCACAUUUUCUCAGGGAGGAUCCAUCCAAACUUCUAAAGAUUGCUGAGACUACAGAGAGUGAGGAGCAGAUGGCAAAAGGAGUAAGUAUUGGUGUCUUGCUGAUACAAGAAGAGGAGGACGUCAUUGACUUUUCAGUGGUACUGGAAGAGCAGAUCAUCCUGAAUGGCAUUACUGACUUCCCCCAUGCGGUAGCUAUGCUUGUUGGUCUGUUAUUCGCACUUAAUAUUGACUACCCCAAGGAACUGCGCUACACCUUCGAGGUCAUUCAGAAGGUUUUAAUGAACAUUGGAGGUGAACAGUGUUCUGCUAGGGUUCACGGACUCAGAAACAGACUCUUGUGUAAAACUCUGUAGGUGGUAAAGCAGUCAGUGGAUAUCCCAAGAGUGUGCUGUGUUUAUCUGAAACAUACAUGUGCUUAAACUGAGCAUAAUAUUUUUUUCUGAAAUGUUAAAGACUACAUGCAAAGUUCUAUAUAAUUGAAUUGAUCAGGUGUAAAUAGGUCGUUCAGAGUGGUUUGAAGGGAUUCAUUAUAGAGAAAUUUACAGGCUUAUUUUUUUAUUUAUUUAUUUUUUUUAAAUGGUCAUAUUUUUCUUAGCUAUCCAUACCUCCCGUAGCUUAUAUUUAGGUUAUGUGUUGUAAUAUUUUAUUUAGUUAGAAUUAAGGUGCUAAUAGAUGUAUUAUUCAAUCUCAUUUGGCCACUCUUGACUUCUUUACUUUUUUUCUUUAACAAAGUAUAAUUGCCAAGUUCCAUAAUGUAAGAGUUUAUUCUGCAAGGUCUGUUGGACUGUAUUCAGGAUACUAUGUAAGUUGAUUUCUGGUAUUCAUGGUUCCUGUUUGAGCAAACAUGCUUCUAGUUAUUAUUUUUGUUGUUUCAGAUAAAGAGUUUUAGCUCUACACUGCUGCACAACUUGAUAAAAAAAAAAUUUCAGCCAAUUUAGGUGAAAGUAGGGCUGAGUGGUAUGAUAAAUAUUUUAUUACAGGGAUUGCAAUGGUCCAGCUACUAAUCCGUGGAUCAGUCCCGGGUAAUGCUGCUUACCAUUGGCAGACAGAGCCUCAGAGAGUACAAUCGGCCUUGCUCUCUCUGAUGGGGGGGGAGACAGAGCUCCAUAUAAUCACCCGCUCAAUGUUUGUGAAUUAGUAACCCAAUGAUGCUGUUCAAACAGUUCAAAAAGAACCAGUGUCUGACCUAUGUUAUAUAGGAGGCAUGUGUUAGUCUUCACCCUUCUAGUGUGGGUGGGGUAAUUGAUUUUUCUAAAUUGGCAAUGCAUUAAUAUUAUUUUCCAUCAGAAAAAUGCAUAGUAGUGGCAGAUUCUUAAACAAUGUGCUGCACUUAGACUAAUUAUAACUGUAAUCAAACGUGCAAUUGGUCAGGGUGUUUUUAGUACUGAUGAAAUGUACAUUAUACACAGAUGCGUAUUAUUGCUAAUUUUAUGAUUAUACAAUGAAAUAUUGUCAUAUUGCUCAGCUCAAAGUUGUUAGCUUUCAACUAGAAUGGAUCAAACUUUUCACAAGCACAUAUAAGCUGUUAUAGGCUGUUUUUUUCCCCAACUGAGUUACUGAAGUUGUGUGCUGUUGUACAACUUAUUGUAUGUGACACUGUUAGUCAUUAGCACUGCUAGAAAAAUCUCUGUAUUCUGCCAAAUUCUGCUUAUGACUUGUACAUUAGCUAAAUUUAACUAGUAACUUUCUUACAAUUUGUGUUUUAUAAUUUAAUAAUUUAUUUUGGAUUGGACUGAGCAGGCUGUUUUUCCUUGUUUAUUAAACUUCUGAAAGUGUUGUA